AUGGCAAAGGAGAAGAGCCAGCAGGCUUCUGUGCUCAGUUUCACCUUGAUUAUUGGCUUGCUUUCCCAGAGCUUGGUCAUUCCUGUAAUCUCUGCUGCAAGUUUCGAAGAUCAGAAGACCUAUUACCCCCCAGGAGACCCACAUGCAGAUGAAAGUCCUCCGAAAGGUUCUCACCAUACCCCAUCUCAUGGUUCGCAUGGCCACAAAAGCUCACCACCAAGUAACUGUGGAACACCACCAAGUGGAGGACACUAUGACCCUGCACCUCCAACUGGAGACAGUCCACCCACCAUCAUAAGCCCGCCAACUAGUCCGUCUAUAGACCCAGGCACCCCUUUAACGCCACCCACCACCAUUAGCCCGCCAAGUAGCCCGUCUAUAGACCCAGGCACCCCUUCAACCCCACCCAGCACCAUAAGCCCGCCAACUAGUCCGUCUAUAGACCCAGACACGCCCUCAACUCCAACAUACGGGAGCCCGCCAACUUAUGGAAGCCCGCCAACUAGUCCAUCUAUAGACCCAGGCACCCCUUCAACACCAACUUAUGGAAGCCCACCAACUACCCUAAGCCCACCAUCAACUCCUAUAGACCCCGGCACCCCUUCAACACCAACCUAUGGAAGCCCACCCACUACAAUAAGCCCACCAUCAACUCCUAUAGACCCAGGCACCCCUCUAACACCAACUUAUGGAAGCCCACCAUCAACUCCUAUAGACCCAGGUACUCCAGGCAGUCCAAUCUUUCCAGUCACUCCGACUACUCCUGGAAUCUCAUCACCUCCAUUUUCAUUCAGUCCAAAUUCACCACCCUUUCCAUGGACCUACUGGCUUACUCAUCCAACAAUAAUAUGGGGUAUGCUUGGCUAUUAUGGGGCAACUUUAGGGGGGGCGUUUGGCCUAACUAGCAAUGGCAGUCCAGCAGCAGUAUCACAACUUAGUCUGGAACAAGCACUUUCAAACACUCGUACUGAUGGGAUAGGGUCGCUCUACAGAGAAGGAACUGGUGCUUUGCUGAACUCAAUGGUGAUCAAGAGGUUCCCUUUCACAAGUGAGCAAGUGAGAGAUCGUUUUGUCUCAGCACUUGGUUCCAACAAGGCAGCCACAGAGCAGGCACGCGUUUUCAAGAUGGCUAAUGAGGGCCGGCUAAAGCCUAGACUCUAGAUCAUAUUUGAGGAGUUGCAUAUCAUUUUUUAGUUUGAGUUCGGCUUUAUUAUGCAUUUUAUUAAGUGGUGUGUUUACUUUCAGAAUUUACUGGAUGUUUGUAUCAGUUGCGAUCAGAGUAUGAUGACUAUGAUUUUAUGAUAAUAUUAGUAUGUCUUUGGACGUCA